UUCUUAAACCACUUGGAACAUGGGAACAGCCGUUUUGAGUCAGGCCAAAGGUCCGUCUAAAUCAGUGUCCUGUCAGUGGCAAUGGCUAAUAGCAGAUUUAGAAAUGAAAUGAAGGGAAUGGGGAACUUCAGCAGAAAGAUGACUUUGGAUUCCCCUAGAGGUGGCAUUUCUCUGUGAUAUCGUUAUUCUCAGUGUUUGGAGUUAGAAGACAACACGGAAAUGUGGUGGUUUCAGCAAGGCCUCUCUUUCUUGCCUGUGGCUUUGGUUGUGUGGUCAGCUGCAUCUUUUAUAUUUUCAUACAUUACUGCAAUCAUCCUACACCAUGUCGACCCUUUGGUACCCUACAUCAGUGAUACAGGGACAAUACCUCCUGAAAGAUGCUUAUUUGGGAUCAUGCUAAAUAUUUCGGCUUUCAUGGGUAUGGCUACCAUGUAUGUCCGUUAUAAGCAAGUUCAUGCUCUGAAUCCAGAAAAAUCCAAGAUCACCAAGCUUAAUGUGAUUGGCCUUACACUAGGACUGAUGAGCUGCUUUGGACUUUGCAUUAUUGCAAAUUUCCAGAAAUGUAUUCUAUACUACAUACAUGUGAUUGGAGCCUGCCUGACAUUUGGAGUAGGGGCUGUGUAUAUGCUGGUUCAGACCAUCCUAUCCUACCUGAUGCAGCCAGAAGCUCACAGCAAAGACAUCUUUUGGAUCCGACUGACAGUGUUACUCUGGUGUGGUUCAAGCAUUGCAAGCAUGUUUAUUUCCUCCGUUGUUUUAUAUAGUGGCCUGUAUGGAACUAAUCUAGUGCAAAAGUUGCACUGGGACCCACAGGAGAAAGGCUACACAGCUCACAUCAUCAGUACUGUCUCAGAGUGGUCCUUAGCAUUCUCCUUUCUCAGCUUUUUCCUCACCUAUAUCCGUGACUUUCAGAAAAUCUCCUUGCGUGCAGUUGUUAGCCUUCAUGGACAAACCCUUUAUAACACGCCACAGAGCUUUAUGACUGACGAACAGACACUGCUGAUAGCAGGGAGCAUCUAAUGAAGUUGAAGAGAACACGUUCUCAACAUAACUCAGGACUUUAGUAGCAAUAACAGUGAUAUUUCUAAGGAUUUAUUUUGUAUAAAAAAUAGGAAGUGAUUGUAUUCAAAUUGACAUAAAUGGCUUUGCUAUUAACCCGCUACCCACUCAGCAAUGCAAAUGUUAAUCAGUAUUGUAAACAAACCUGUAACAUUUCUACACAUGCAAAUGUCAUGAAAAACAUUAAAUGAAGGUAUUAAAAA